AGAUUUUAAAAAAAAAAGGCAAGCAAUACACGAAUAUCUUACGGUCUUACCCACUACAGUUGGUUACAUAUUUUUAUUGUAGGCCGUCCUUACUAAACAUUUAAAUAUAUCUAAAUAUUGUAAUACAAAACUAGAAUUUGAAACCCAAAAGUUACGGUAUGACCCUGAUGACAAGUUUGUCAAAGUCAAGUUCAUUGUAAACCAAACAAUACGUCGAAUUUCCAACCAAAAUUAGGAAUCAACAGGCCGACACUCAUGCCCCAUUCCUACACCUGUCACUAUAAAAUUCACUUGAGAACAAAGGAUUCAAAUUGAAAAUAAUAAAUCAUACCAGCAACCGGGAGUGGUCGUGUCGCAAGAGACUAUGAAAUUCUGGAAAAGGGCUUCCGGAGCACUAAAAGAUCGCAGAAGUCUUCUGAAGGCGAGCUUCACUCAACGAUCCACUUUUCGAAAUCCCGACAUAGAAGCGGUGGUCAUCAAAGCCACCACGCAUGACGAAACCCGUGUUGAUUACCGUAAUGCUCAACGUGUAUUUGCCUGGGUGGGGAUCUCUGAUGACUAUCUGCGCCAGGUGUUGUGGGCCCUUACACACAGGAUGUGGAGGACCCACAACUGGGUGGUGGUGUUGAAGGGACUCAUGCUUUUGCAUGGAGUUUUCUGUUGUAAAGUUCCUGGAAUUCAAGAGAUAGGACGGUUACCUUUUGAUAUGAUGAACUUCAAAGAUAAGCAUACAAGGCGUGGGAAAUUAUCCGGUUUGAACGAGUUUAUCCGUGCGUAUUAUGUUUUUCUGGAUGAGAAAUCGUCCUUCAUAUUCUUCCAUUCGCAGGAACAAAGAGAUCGAAGGGUCAAGGAACAGAUGGCCUUGCUAUCACGAGAUGGAUCGACUGAUGAGCAAAAAGAGAAAUCGACAAUCCAAGAUCUAAUUUGGUUGCAGAAACUACAAGGAUUACUCGAUUUGUUACUUCAGAUCCGACCUAAAUCUAGGCAAAUGGUCAACUUGCUUGUUCUUGAAGCCAUGGACUGCAUCGUAAUCGAGUUUUAUGAUAUAUGCGGCCGCAUUAGCAAUGGAAUCGGAAGUGUUCUUAUGACGAUUUACUCCGUGGGGAAAAACGACGCCAAAAUGGUGUUGUCAAUCAUGCAGAAAGCCAAAGUUCAACAUGAACAACUCUCGCUUUAUUUUGAUUUUUGCAGGGAGAUCGGUGUUGGUAACGCCUCUGAAAUCCCCAAAAUGGAACAAAUGCCUGAAGAAGGUAUUCAAAAACUGGAACAGAUAAUAAAUAAAGAUCCAGAGCAAUUCAAACUUGAACAAGAACAGGAGAAAUCCAUAAUUGUUAUGGAGCACCAUGAUUCGACGAAAACACCUAAUCUCGACAACUCAACAAGUCUGAAGACUAUGAUAAGCGAUGAUUGGGAGGUUUUUGAAAGCAAACAGAUGAAAUCAAAUAAGGAUCCUGAGCUUAUCGAUCUGUUUUCUCCUCCUGGGAAGAACAACAUCAAAAUCAAUCAUUUAGUGCAAGAAAACACCAUUGAAUUUCCGGAUCUAAUUAGCUUAUGAGAUGCAACUAGUUAGUUCAGAUCCAAAACAACAAAAGGAAAUUUUGAAGAAGAAAUUGUAACCUUUUCUCGUCCGUAUAUGAAAUGGAUUCAUAAGAUACAAUGCGAUGUUUCUUUCAUAACAGAUGUUAUAAGAUAGCAGAGAGUGUUUGUUCA